GUCUCCUGCUAUAAACGGUGGUGUGUAGGGGAAGGUGGUGUUCCUUUGACCAGUUGUACCUUUAACCACUCAAUGUUUUUAUGUGUUAUACAGGAAAAUUUCAUGAUUUGGUACUCUUAGUCUGUACUUCCACCACCAGGAGUAAUGUAGCUUUGCUUUCCAUUUAGAAAGAAGCUCCUGUGUUUUUGUAAAAUUAAUUAUAUCUGUUUGAAUCCAUAAAAGUGACUGGAUAAGAUGCCUAGUAGCAAACUAGGCAUUAAAAGGAAGAAGAUAAACAAGGAUGACUUGGAAAUUGCAGUAAGCUUAGUUCGUAAGCAAAGAAUGACAAUAGGUGAAGCAGCAAAACAUUUUGAUCUAAAGAAACCAACUUUGAUUUUUCACUUGAAGAAAACCAAGGAAUGUGGGAAUGAACAAUAUAAAUAUUUACCUAAGAAACCUAAGCGAGUUUUCAGUGAUAAAGAAGAGCUUCUUCUUGUACAGUAUUUGCAUGAUGCCGCAAAUAUGCACUACGGGUUGACAUUGAAGCAGGUACGUGGUCUGGCCUAUGAGUACGCAGUUCAAAACCACAAGAAAGUUGACCCUUCGUGGGAAGUAAAUAAAUGUGCAGGAGAGCAAUGGCUACGAGACUUUCGAAAGAAGUAUGCAAACCAACUAUCACUGCGUAAGCCAGAAGCAACUAGUUUGUCCAGAGCAACUGCUUUUAAUAGGGACAACGUGGAAAAAUUUUUCACUAACUAUAGAAGUGUCCUUGAUAGGUAUAAUUUUGAGCCCAAUGAAAUCUGGAACUGUGAUGAAACAGGGAUUUCAACUGUGCAUGUUCCACCAAAGAUUUUAAGCACCAAAAGGAAAGAAGCAAAUCGGUGGUAUGACUUCCGGGGAGCGCGGAACGAAUGUUACGAUGAUUGCUGCAGUGAAUGCGGCAGGAAAUAGUAUCCCCCCAUUAUUCAUUUUCCCUCGUGUGAACUUUAAACUUUUCAUGCUGAAUGGAGCUCCAUGUGGAAGUGUUGGUGUAGGUAAUCCAUCGGGAUGGUCAAAUGAAACAAUAUUUGUUCAAUUCAUGCAACAUUUUGUGAAACAUGUUCGACCAAGUGUGGAAAGACCUGUGCUCUUGCUCAUGGACAAUCACGAAAGCCAUGUUAAUAUUCCAGCUAUUGACUUGGCAAAACAAUCUGGAAUUGUUCUGCUGACUUUUCACCCACAUACCAGUCAUAAGAUGCAGCCUCUCGACAGAGGUGUCUUUGGGCCUUUCAAGACUUACUACCACGAAGCCAUGAACAACUGGAUGAUAUCACCUGGAAAUGCUGGGAAACCAGUUACAAUAUAUGAGGUAGCAGCGAUGGCUGGAAUAGCAUUUCCUCGUUCAUUCACACCAUCAAAUAUUUUGAAAGGAUUUAAAGUAUCUGGUAUUGUCCCGUUCAAUGAGAAUAUAUUCACUGAUAUUGACUUCAUGGCAGCUAAUGUCACUGAUCGACCAAUGCCACAGGACACUGAGAGGCAACCCCCUGUUUCUACAGCUAGUCUUGCAUCACCUGAAGAGCCUCAUUCUGUUGUAGAUCUACGAAAUGUAGAUGGACCCGAUGAGAAUCUUCCCUGCACUUCUGGACAUGUAAUCCGGUCACCAGAAAUUAUACGACCACAUCCUAAGGCACAUCCAAGAAAAAUAUCAAAUAAUGUAAAAAGGCAAAAAGGAAAAUCCCGCAUAUUGACUGACACGCCAGAAAAAAAAUUACUGGAGGAGAAUAUUAGAAAAAGAAUGGCCAAAAAGUUGCCAAAACCAAAAAGUAAAAAAUCAUUUCAACGAGCACUUUCCUUCCAACAAGAGAUCUUGAAUUCCGAUACUGAAAAUGAAUUUGAAUUGCCAUCAUCAGACAGCGAGUAUGGAAUGUCUUCAGAACUUAGGGAAUUCAAUGAAGAUGCUCAAUUUGAAAGAGACAGCAUUGAAGCAGGCAAUUUUGUUCUCGCAAAAGUGUGUGGAAAAAAGAUUGUUAAGCAUUUUGUUGCAGAGGUGGUAUCAGUUACAUCACAAGACAUCUUCGUAGUGAAAUAUUUGAAAAAAUUAACACCCAGAAGUGCAAAAUUUGUCGGGGGGAUGAUAAUUUGUUUGAUUUAUACAAUAAUGACAUUGUUUUGAAGCUCCCGAAUCCAAUACAAGCAGGCACAUCAGCCCGGCAGCAAUGCCAUUUGUUAUUUGGUGUCAAUUUAUGUAAUUACAAUGUUUCAUAGAUAGUCAAAUUCUUAUGAUAAUAAUGGUUCAUAUCUUGAAUACCAUGCUACCAUGAAUUGUCUUUUUUAUUAAACAAAUUUGAGUGCUAGGCAGUUUUUUUUCAUUGAUGGUUAGCUGGUUAUCUUCAUUAAUGCUUUCUUCAUAUAAGCUAUUUUUGAGAGCAAGUGAAUAUUAUAUUUCAAUAUUUUGAGUUAUUUAUGCAUAUUGUAAAAUAUAUUUAGGUUUUGAUGUACUAAUUUUUCCAUUGUCCAUGGUGGUCAAAGGUACAAAUACCCCUGGUCAGAGGUACAAGACCAUGUUGUACCUUUGACCAAAUUGCUUGCUUACAAAAAUUCUACAAAAACACACUUAAAAAUGGAUUAUUCAGUAUUGAAAUAAUUGUAAUAUUGUUCCCAAAACAGUAUUACUACUAUUCCAAAUCAGACAGGAAUUUUUUUUAAUGAAAAUUGGAUCAGAUAAAAAUUGACAUACAAAAUUGGUCAAAGGUACAACACCUUCCCCUAUAAGAUAACUGAAAAUUUAGAUAAUAAAUAGGGUAGCUUAAAAUGUUUUUUUUUUUUUACAUGACAUAUUAAAUUGACGUCAAGUCUAAUUUUGUUAGGAUCUAGAAAUACGAGUGUUGAUUUAUUUAGCUGUAGCCCUAAAAUAUGCAAAAUUUUGAAGAAUUGUGUGGGCUUUUCAUUGCAUUCCACAUAACAAACAAGAUGAAGGGCAUUUUAUAAAUCCAGCCAAUCAGUUUGCCCAAGUCUACAACAGUGAUGAGGGCGUAAAGACUUAACAGGAAAUGAUUCACAAGGCAACCAGUUCUGAAUCUACUAAGCAGCCUCUAAAAUAGAUCAACAAAGUAAUAAUUCAGUAUUGCUAACUUAUUCCAAAUGUGUUUAUAUGCGUAGGUACUUCUUGUUUCUGUUGCACAAGCAGAAAGCUCUUUCAGUGUGCUUAGCAGAAUAAAGAUUUGGUUACCUAGGAACAUUGUGCAUUGAAUCAAGACUUGCGCAGACAUUGAAUUUUGAUUCUCUUAUUUAAACGUGCUCAGAUAUUUAAGCGUGAAAUAUGAUUUUAACUAGUUACGUCAAAUUCCUAACCUUUGGCAUUACUUGUUAACAUUUACAUUUUACAAAUCGAAUUCAUAAAUGAAUAUUUAGUUUAUGAUUUACUCUACACUUACUUAUUACACAUUUUAGACACUUACAUGUCUUGUAAGCUGAAACAAAUGAGUGUAAUAACUUGGAUAUAACAAUAUUAGUAAGAGGAAUCAUAAUCAAUUGUUUAUUUCUGGAGAAAAAAAUAUAUAUAAAAUUAGGCGCCCAAUUUCAUUAAAUAAAUAAAUAUGUAUACCACGUUCUACACUGCCCUGGGUAUAUUCUCAGACAGGAUUGUUCGGGGAUGUCGCGGUUGUCCCUCAGUAUAUUCACCAGUUUUAUCAGUAAGGGUGGUGAGUCAUGGACAUUUCAGCCAUUGUCUCUUUACCAAGUGAUGUCAUCUACAUUAGAGAAACGUUGCUAAGAAGCCUCACCUUAACUCAUUGACUGUCGUGUUGCAGGCCCGUGGAUACACCUGCAAGACUCCGUGGACUCACAGGGACAGGAAAACUAUCAGGGGUAAACAGUACUCACAUGUCAGUAACAUCCACACCCAGCUUUAAUGCAGCACCCAAAUUUACUUACAAGUACAAUUGCAUAAUACUCCAAUCUCCUUGAUAAAAUGGUAAUUUUAUACAGCUAUGAUGGCACUUGUUCCUGGUCCGAAAUAUUUAGGCCUACAAAUGUCUGCUGGAGAUGUACUUCAAAUAACACUCUGGAAUUGAACAGUCCCAUGUGUUACCUCUCCAUACUCAAAAAGCACGUGAGAUGUGUUUGGAGAUACAGUGAAACCUCUUUAAUACAAACCUGAAGGGACCUAAAAUUUUGCAGUUUGUAUUAACAGGUGCAUAUGCUCACAUUAAUAAUAAUCAACAAAAUCAAGUAUUGAUUUUUUACUCAAAAAUUAGUCAAAUAAAGAAGAGGCUUGAAAAAUUCAUUGAUUUUUUUCCUGCACUUUUUUAGUUGCAUAAAUGUCCUUUACUGCACUGCAAAGUUUGUCGAAGGAAGACAAGACAUCAGUGUCUACAUCACUAGCAGCCAGAACAUUUUCCAAGACAAUUAAUGCUGAAGUGGACUUCACUCUAAGAAUUUUUAAAAAAUAUUUCAACCUCAAAAUUAGUGUCAGAAAUAUAUCAGUUACUUGUCAUUAAAGUUAAAUCAGUUGAAAAAUAAAUAAAAAUGGAAGUAUUUCACUUAAUUCAAUUUACACUUGCAAAAAAAACAUACGCACAAUAAAUCUACAUGGAAAUUAAAGUCUUUUUCAAUAUCAUGAAGUCUGAAAUAUGUUUACUCAUGUCAUCAAAUGUAGAGCUGUACUGAAGAAGCCGAUUUUGCCAAUAUUUAGUUGAAUCGGCAUUUCUGCCGACUUCCGAUACGCUUGUUAAUUUUCGGCCGAUAUUACUGAAAAACGAGAGUGACUGCCAUAACCUAAAAAUCCACGAUUACCCUUUUCGCUUUUCGUAGUAGUACUGCAUUUUUUCAGAUCGCAUUAUUUCUUCGCAACAUGUGCCAAACGUACAUAUAAAAAUUUAACAUCCUAUUUUUCCAAAAUGUUCUUUAUUUUUAAUAUGUCAUAAAUAAAUACAUUACCGUCACUGUAAAUAUACAUCUCGGUUGUUACGGUAACUGUAGUGCAAAUGUGGUAGCUAUCGUGCUUCUGUAGUAAUUAUGGUAUCGACAAAGAAUCUUUAGUUCUUUUUAUGGUAAUUAUCUUAGGAUAACAAUUGGGUUUGUACUGUAGUUAUGGUACAUCAUUCAAUGUCUUCGUAAGUUGUUGUUCAUUUGUAGUGAUGGGAGCAGUGACAAAUUUUGUUCCUGUGACACGCCGUGACCAGUGACAUGAAAGUCACAGGGUCAAGUCACCGUGACAUUGUCAUUGUUAGUGACCUUGUUGCUAAAAUGUAAAACCGGAGUUUUUUAUUAAUAAAUAUAGUGUAACAUAAUCUCCUAAUAAUUGUAUAUUUUUAUAUAUGUGACAUACAAUAUGUAAUCAUUGAUAAACCAAAUUAGUUCAUAGUUUAUUGGAAUUAUUAACUAUGCAUUUUA